CACUGAUAAGCAAAACGCAGCGCUACGCUCAGCACAGCGCUGCGUCGCGAACACUCGGGGUGGAGUUUGCGCGCGUCCAUCCAUCGACAGUGGCCGUCUCCUACGCUCUCCUCUCGCGUCAAAGUCCCGGCUGGGCAGGCGAGGCAAGGCGCGAUCCGGAGCCACGUCGACAGGCACUGUAAAACGGCGGACGAGUCGUCGGUGAGCGGGGCGAUUUAGGCCGCUGGGCCGGCAGGCAAAGGCCGCCGCGUCCCGUCAGCUGCUGCUGCGUCGGGGAAGCUCGUGUCUCCGGCCUACCCCCAUCCCAGCCCCUUCUGGGGGUUGCGCACGGGAAUCGGCGCAGGGCUCGCGCACUGGGCCUGGAAGGGCCGCCUGGGGGUUGAGGUGGGCGCGCCAUGCCCGUGGAACGCAUGCGCAUGCGGCCGUGGCUGGAGGAGCAGAUCAACUCGCAGGCCAUCCCCGGCCUGCGAUGGAUCAACAAGGAGCAGAAGAUUUUCCAGAUUCCCUGGAAGCACGCGGCGCACCAGGGCUUUGACGUGAACCGCGACGCGUGCUUGUUUAAGAACUGGGCCGUCCACACAGGGAAGCACCGGCCCGACCGGGAGGGAGACCCCAAGUCGUGGAAGACGAACUUCCGCUGUGCCCUGAACUCGCUGCCGGACGUGAAGGAGCUGCGCGACAAGAGCAAGAAGAAGGGGGAGAACGCCUACCGCGUCUACGUCAUGCUGCCCGCCCGCGAGAGGCACAAGCGCAGGAAAGGGUCUCUGGCCAAGAAUGACAAACUUAAUGGAAUGGCCUCUGACAAUGAUCAGUCGGGGACUGUGAAAGGAGAAGGUGGCAGUGACCACAGGCAGAGGAUGCACAUCAAGCUGGAGAACUGCCGGCUCUUAACGUCAUCGCAGAUCCAGAAAAUGCUGUGCGACAGCCUCAUUGACACGAUCACGGACGACGACAACCACGACGGCCGCGAGGACACGCCGGCCGAGCGUCCGGGGCACAGCAGCCACCACCUUGCCACCUUCCCCGAACGCCGGCCAGACGUCGUGAGCAAAGUGGGCGACUUGUCCGACGAGAAGCUGCCCGUUGGCGAGAUGCCGUCGCCCCUCAUGGACAAUCGGGACAAAUUGAACGAUCCUUCCGUGGUCUCAUGCCACCCUUCCGACUUGCCUAUAAAGCGUGAGGUCUCCCCGCACGGAAGCAACGAGACGGAGCAAGAGGAAGGCGUGCCAGUUCUAUACGCGUUGCAGACGCCUUUGGCGACGCAAGACUGCGGGCACGGGAACCUCGCUGUGCUGGCUACACAGUGCAGCCUCAAAGCCGGAGCUUCCAUCGCGACCUACGGCCUGCAGGAGGUAUGGCGCAACGACCCGCAGCAGCAGAACCAGGGCUUCUCAUUGGCUCUCGGCACACAAGAACCCACUUCGUCGCACGAGCACUGAGGAGCUGCACAGCACGGCCAGCGCAGACAUAAAGGAUGAGAUGUUCUACCCGGAGUGGAGCCAGAUGGUAGAGGUAAAGACGGAAAACCCAGACAGCGACGACAGCUACAAUCUGCAGAUCUCCUCCGGAGCCAGCUCAGAAG